AUGGACCUGCCUCCGCUGACCAUGGAGCUGCUCUCACAGCUGGUGGCCUCCAACGCUCCACCAUCACAGCUCUACGAGGCCCUGUCGCGAUAUGAGCUUCAAGCAUGCCUCCUUUCUACCAGUGGUGACUCCACACUAUUGAGCCUGUUUUACUCAAGCUUCUUUCUCGUCCAUCUUCUUACCGACCAAGUAUCUGAAGCUCGCGCCUUAACAAAACGAAUUCCCGAAGCUCUACUACAUCAGGAUUCCUCUCUACAGAACUGCUUGACUUUACUGCGAGCGGUAUGGCAAACGCAAGACGGCCAGGUCUACCAAAUACUCCGAGGAUUACCAUGGCCAGACGUUUUGCAGCCACUAGUUCGGAGAUAUGAAAGCUUCUACCAAGACAAGACUUUGAUCGCAGUGAGCAGGUCUUACGAAGCUAUACGACUAGCUACAGCGGCAAACCACCUUGGCCUUGACGAACAGCUCGCCGAAAAAGAAGAUCCGACUAUAAUAUCGAACUUCACGAAAUGUGGAUGGACAUGGGAUCCGGAAACAAAAUUGCUGUAUCCCAAACCUAUCGUCGUAUCGCCCGCGGAGCCUCAGUCUUCCGACGGGAUUCGCAAGGCGAUGGCAAUGCUGGGAACGCGUGCAGCUUAA